AUGGAAAGCCUCGUCCUCUACUUUCACAACAAGAAAGCGUUGAGCACAAGGAAUGAGAAACAUUUGACGUUGUCUGCUAAAUUUCAAUACUCUGAAAACUUUUCCUUAUCGAAAACUUUCCUCUUCGUCACUGCAAACGAUUUACUAACCUGGGUGAUUCUAUCAAUUCUCUAUUAUUUCGCUUCACUUUUACAAAAUGGAACGACAUUAUUAGUUUCGUAUGACAAUUGGAUCAUGGAUCUUUGUGAUUCGGUUUACCUCGAGAAAUGUUUCGUUUUCUAUAUGGCUCUCUAUUUCUCACAUCGUAAAUAUGUGCGUCGAUCGAAUCGCGUUCGCCCGGAGCCCUUAAAAAUCACCUCGCAUCUUCACUUUGGUUCGCUGAAAGACUCGUGGGAGAAUCGAAUUGAUCGACGUUUUUCGUAUCGA